CCUGGAUCACGAGAUGAACCCCUUCCGGGAUCACCGGAUCAACCCAGUCCUGCUUCAUGAGAUCAACUGGAAACUAAUAAUGUUAAAACAUUCCAUCAUUGUGUUUUUUGUGAUGAGAUUUUUAAAGAGUACAGUGAUCUAGAUCUUCACUAUGAACUACACGUGAACAAGAAGAUCCAUGUUGAAGGAGAAAAAAUUGACAGUAUCGUAAAACACCGCAAAAGACAUGUUAAAACGGGGCAAAUUGCUAAUGUUGUAAAACUCCGCAAAAGACAUGUUAAAACGGGGCAAAUUGCUAAUGUUGUAAAACACCGCAAAAGAUAUUGAUAAUGCUGUAAAACUCCGCAAAAGACAUGUUAAAAAAGACGAUAUUGAUAAUGCUGUAAAACUCCGCAAAAGACAUGUUAAAAAAGACGAUAUUGAUAAUGCUGUAAAACUCCGCAAAAGACAUGUUAAAAAAGACGAUAUUGAUAAUGCGGUAAAACUCCGCAAAAGACAUGUUCAAGAAGAAAAAAUUGAUGUUGUAAAACUUCACAAGAAACAUGUUAAAGAAGAGGAAAUUGAUAACUUGAAUUAUUUUCAGUGUAACUUGUGUGAAAGAAAAUUUGAUUUAUACCCUGAUUUAGAAGAACAUUGUAAAAUACAUAUGGAAUAUGAAGAAUCUCCUAUCAUAGGACAAAAUGUUAAAGAAAGCGAAUCUAUUGCAAUUACUUUAUAUCAAUGUACAUUAUGUCAAAUUUGCUUUGAGCAAUAUUUUGACCUGGAAGAACAUUGUAAACUUCAUGGAUAUCAAUGUACAGGCAGAGUUAGGUCUUCCAUUAGAUUCAAAAGAAAAUACAUCCAAAACAGUUUUCUGUGAACACUGUGGGGUUCUUCAGAAGCAGAUAAGAGAAUUAGAAGCAAAGCUGGAUAAAGCCAACAAUAAAUUGGAAGAUAGUCGAUAUGUUGAUAUACCUGUCAAUACCUACACAGACACCGUAUUGCCCUGAGCCUGUAGAGUUUAUAAAAGAGCAGCAGAGAAAUAUAAAGUAAGCAGGCCUAUUUAUAAAUCGGGGGGUUGGAUGGCCGAAUGGUUAGCACGUGCGUGCUGUAUCAUAAGGCCUGUCAUUGAGUCAACUGGCGUGGUUUCGAAUACAAGGAGUAUGGUCGCCUGUCCAACCUCGUGGGUUUUUGCCGAGUCCUCUGGUUUCCUCCCACUGCUAAAGACCCCUACGAGCAACACCCCCCAGUCUAUUUAUAAUUCAUUCAUUGUUAAUUUGUUGUUUCAGUUUGAGUAAAGUCCCCCACCCCCACCCCAAUAAGCAGGCCUAUUUAUAAUUCAUUUGUAGUAACGCCCCCUAGUUCCCCCCCCCCCACCUUUGUUUCAUUUUGAGUGAUACCUGUAUCAUUACAAUCCCAGGACUAUACAACACAGUAGAAUAUACCACAGUUCCAAAUACCGAUUAUUGAUAGUGCUUUUAUUGCUGGGUUUGGGGGGGAAACACCGGAUUGUUUAGUUAAAGUGCUGGAUGGUGGGUGGAAACCCCAUGAUUAUUUAAUUAAUAUACUGGGUUGGUGGGGGAAACACCGGGCUUGUUUAGUUAAUAUUCUGGGUUGGUGGGGGAAACACCGGGCUUGUUUAGUUAAAGUGCUGGAUGGUGGGGGAAACCCCGUGAUUAUUUAAUUAAUAUACUGGGUUGGUGGGGGAAACACCGGGCCUGUUUAGUUAAAGUGCUGGAUGGUGAGGAAACUCCGAGCUUGUUUAGUUGAAAUACUGGAUGGUGGGGAAACACCGGGCCUCUUUAGUUAAAAUACUGGGUUGGUGAGGGGUAACACCGGGCUUAUUUAGUUAAAAUACUGGGUUGUUGAGGAAAAUAAAUUUAUCUUUAAAUUGAAUCCGACCUCUGUUUUAUUGUCUCUGAAACAUUUCCACCGUGGCGCCCUAACCUAACCAGGCGGUGUGGCGUGUUUCAUUGACUUGAAGACCAUGAUGAAAGUGACCGUAAAUAUAAAAGUAAAUAUAAUCAAUCGCUGUUUUAAUGAAAUGCAAAUAUGCUUGUUUUUGUUCAGUUAAUAUCGAUGUGAUUCAUGAUGUCAUAAAUCAACCUCUUCUAUGUACCAGUUUGCAUACAUGAAAUAAAAGGGAGUAAAAUGAGAUUUAACCUGUUACGAGUUUGCUCCAACUGGGCUAAUGAAGACGGACAUACGCCGCUACGCCCUCCUCUUAUAUCGAAUUCCAACUGUCAAAUGUACGUCAAAGUGUUCACCGGAAAAUCACAGAGAACUUUCGAAAUCAACAACGGGAUUGGACCACUUGCCCCUAGUCAACGAAUAACUGAGCCACGGCCACGGCGGCUCCCAUUUUUUAAAGUAUCAAAUAUAUCAAGUAUCAUCAAGUCUAUAAUACCCGCCCUUCUCUUCUGCCCCGAUUGGGUUAACAAAGACGGACAUACGCCACACACAAGGCGCUAUGAGGGGAAAUUUAAGCAGUCAACGACGCUACGGCCUACUUUUAUGUCAAGGGUUCUGCACGGGACCUCAGUUUUCUGUACCAUCCGAAUGACUACACCUUUUUUCUUGCCAGGUCUGAAGGCUUACACCACUGCCAACCCAGGAUGAGUCAAUAGGGGGACGAUUAGGUUAACGUCCGUUUUAAUUGAAUCAAGUGGUGUGGGUUCGAUCCCGGCUUAUUACUGGCCACCGUUGUGCUAAAGACCUGUACACGUGCAGGCUAAUUAAUUGAUGGAUUAGAGAAAUAUCAUAUGUCGACGGUGUUAAAAAAAACUCAACUAGAACGCCCAGGGUCACAUCCCACUUGUCCGGGAUCCCUGUCAGCGAGAGGCGUGGGGGGUCGAUGAAUGUUAGAAGGGCAGAAUCUGAAAUGCCCGAAAACAUUUCGGUUUACAGAAAGUAGUUCCGGUCGUCUGCGAGCGGCGAAGGAGGCCAUUCCCGCAAAUGCGUUUUCUUGCUGUUCCAGCCCAUGAAUGCAGCAACUUCAAAGUGAUCUAAUGUACCCUUACUUAGGUAGAUGACUCGAAUACCAAAUCAUUCACAUUCCACGGAGACGGGAAAGUCGGGAGAAAAUUUUGAAACUUUAACUGCCGCAAACCCGUUUUCCUGUCUCGUACACCUAUGAGAGAGAGAGAGAGAGAGAGAGAAAGAGGGAGAUUUCGGGACUAACAUGGUUUAAUUUUAUGUAAAGGAUUCGCUUAAGGAUCUUUAGAAGUGGGAGGUAACCGCAAAACCCGGGGAAAACUUAUGAGGUUGGACACUACGUCUUGUCACGUACAAGCGGGUAAUCGAAACCAUGCCAUUUGACUCAAUGACAGACCUUAUGAUCUAACGCGCUCGCGUUAACCAUUCGGUCACGCAACCCCAAGCAAUAUUUGGAGAAUUAAUCUCUCAACUAAAUAUCCGCUUCAACCACAAGGAUAUUAAAGAUACAUUGUCACAAAUGUAUUUAUCAGGUGGUUAUUUCCAGUAACAGUAUGACAUGAUAUAUGAAAAGUUUAGACGCCCAAUCUUACUAGGAAACUACUCGAUUACCGUAUCAUCUCAAUGGAAGCGGACGUAAAUUAACCUUGAUAUUAUAUCAAGUAUUAUAAUAUCAAGGGAGUCGCGGUGGCUCAGUGAGUAACGUCUAUCAUAGAGUCAAUUGGCGUGGAUUCGGUUCACGCAUGUACGUGACUAAUACCCCGUUCAGACGCUUAUUUUUAAACCAGUUCAAAAUCGCCGGGGUUUUCAAGACAGCGUCGUGUUGCGUUCACACGUACUAUAAGUCAAACCUGUUUAACUAUUCUGACCUCUUCGGUCGGAGGUUAGAGUUAACUAUGCAUGCGUACAUACCAUUUCCUGGUAGAAUAUGUAAACAUCCUGUGAAAAAAAAAUCCGCGAAAUUUGUUUCUCUUACUCUCGGAUAGUUUAUACACAUUUCCUAGAAAUGAAUACUAAUGCUUUGAGACAUAGAAUUAAACAGUUUAGACAACGACAGAGUCAACAAAGGUACUUCUUUCUGAUGCUAAUGAGUGUCACUUCUGUGAUAUUCAUGCCAACCAACAGGAGAAUAUGGUCACGGUAUCACAGUGGCAAUUGGUGGAAUCACGCAUACAGGUUUGGUUUGAUAUAUUCAUAUAUAUUGUUUUAAAAUUUAUAAUCAUUAUAAUGUAGUCAAAUAUGUACACGGACAAGGUGUAUAAAACAAAUAUUAACCAAGGGGUCAUCAAUUAAAUAUUUAUAGAAAAUAUAACGUCCCCCCCCCCCCCAAAAAAAAAAAAACAACCUAAAAAAAAAAAACAAUCUCCACACAAAUAGGCCUGUGCUAUUAUAUGUGCCAUAUAGACAAUUUUUAAUUUCGAAUAAUAAUAGUUGCAUGCUUAAAAGAGCUAAAUUGUUAAUAUUUGGGAUCUAGAAAUUGACACAAAUGGGUCGCAACACAUAAUUUCUAAUUAGUUAUAUUCGUCGAAAUACUCUAGAUGUCUAAAUCGAAUGGCAAUGUCUAGCAACUGGUUAUUCCAGUCUACACUGAUAGUAUUUAUUGUGCAUGCUCUCCAGAUAAGAAUAUGACUUGUGGGAAUAUGUCUAGCCUCGUUCUUCUAGUCCCUUGUUACAAAUGACACUGAAAUGCAUUACACAAUUCGUGUACCAAUGGUUAAAUGUUUGUUUUGUCUCAAAUAUUGGAUAUCAGAAACCCAUCUUUUCCCCGUUAAGAUCACAAGAUCAAUGUUGAUUGAAAUUGACAAAUACUUUGUGUUUUCAAUGUCGCAGAUUUUGGAUGAUAUUGACUACUUUAAGUUUAAUUAUUUACCUAAUCUAAUUCCUUUACAUUUUAUUUUCAGCUUUUAUGAUGAUAUACAGUAUUUGGAAAACUUCAGAAUGUCAAAAUGUACAUUUGAAUAUCUGUGCAGAAUUUUGAGACCAUUUCUUGAGAAACAAGUAACAAGUAUGAGGGAACCAAUAUCUGUUGAGCGACAGGUUGGCAUAAGUUUAUGGGUUUUAGGGACCAAUGCUGAGUACAGAACUGUUGCUGCAUUAUUUGGGGUUGGCCGGUCAACCGUGUCUUCAAUUAUACACAUAUUUUGUGAGUCCCUGAUUUCGAUCAAGGACAAAUUCAUUAAAUUUCCAUCAGGUGAAGAACUGAAUAGAGUUGUAAAUGGGUAUCGGUCGAAAUGGGGAUUUCCAAAUGCAGGUGGAGCAAUAGAUGGCAGUCAUAUUCCUAUAUUAGGACCGAGCAUGAACCAUGCUGACUUCCAUAACAGAAAAGGGUGGUAUUCCAUCAUUGUUCAAGCAGUUGUGAAUGAUCGUUAUGAAUUCACAGACCUAAAUAUCGGGUGGCCAGGAAGUGUUCAUGAUGCACGAGUCUAUGCAAACUCCAAAAUAUAUGCAAAAGGGCUGUCUGGGACAUUAUUUGCCGGCAAGAUGAUUGAUGUCAAUAAUGUGCGCCUGCCUAUCGUCUUGUUAGGUGAUCCGGCUUAUCCAUUAUCCAACUUUCUAAUGGAACCAUACACAGACAAUGGACACCUGACCCCAAAACAAAAGACAUUUAAUUAUAAGCUAAGUAGUUCACGCAUGACGGUAGAAAAUUCCUUUGGUCGCCUAAAAGGUCGCUGGCGCUGCUUAUUAAAGCGAUUGGAUAUGAAUGUUGACAAGGUCCCCAAUAUUAUUAUGACCUGUUGCAUACUUCAUAACAUAUGCGAACAAGCAAAAUACCCAUUUAGGGUUGAAUGGCUAGAGGAUGUAGCAAAGGAAGAAAACCAAAUGUCUCAGCCAAAUCAAAGUAACGAAGAGGCAAUCAAUGCAGACUGCACUAACAUUAGAAAUAUCCUGGCUGAAUACUUCCAGGAAUAAUUUAACCUUACAAAACAAAUAAUUAAGAAAGUAAUAAUUGACCAUACUGUUACAUACAC